AUGGAUACCCCUGAAAUGCUUCAAGAUACAGAUGAAGAUGAGGUAGAAGAAAUUCGAGACCUGCCACCUCUUAAAGAGCCUCUGCUGCAGCUCAUCUCCUUGCAGAAGGCUGCUGGCUACUGGCUGCUUGAUCAAGAUCUGGCUGCUGUGCUGGAAAAGCCCAGCGACGAGGUGGAAAAGGCGAAGCCAGCAUCGGUCAAGAAUGAGGUGUGGGCCUCUAUUCUGGCUCUGAUCUGGCUUCAUGGUUUUAAGUUGGAUGCAAAGGAGGAGUGGGAGCUUCUGUCUAUGAAGGCUGCAUCAUGGAUUAAAGCUCAGAACGCUCCAUGUGUGUCAGAGUGUGUGGAAGCUGGAAAUACACUGUUGGGCUGCAGCAUGAAG